AUGCCUCCCCUACCUAUAAAUCUUACCGCGGUUCCAAUCGCUUUCAUAAAUGCUGUAUUAAAAAAUGAGAAUGAAGGUAACGAUCGUAUCACAAAUUCUAGCAAAGCUCAGCAAAACAAAUUGCUGACGUCCUCUGCCGAGAAAGAGGUUAUUUUCGCGUGUAUUCAAAGAAUUGAUGACAAAAUUCGUGACAUUAAGGCUGAAGUAUACAGAAUAAUUCUCAAUCGACAAGAUAUAUUCAUUAGGCUUUAUAAUGAAUCUAUUUUCUUGCGCGAUAAGAUCGAUACUAUUUUCACAGAAAUCGAUAAUGUAUCUCGAGAGAUCAAUGAUUCCGAGGUUGGAAUGAAACCCAAACUCAUCGCAGCAUUACAAGAGAAUCGAAUAAUAAUGCAGGAAGUUCAUAGUACUAGAUAUGUGGUUGAGACUUUAGAAUACUUGAUUGAGGUACAAAAUUCUGCUAAACGUUUUCAAGAAUAUUUAGCCCAAGGUCGAAUAGAAGAAGCUGCCGCUUCAAUUACACAUAUGGAUAGAUUAUUGGAGUCUCCACCUAUACAAACAGAUCAAAAAAUCCAUAUUUUUGAAAAAUUAAAGGAGCAAUUGGCAACCAUGAAAGAAACACUAGAUCAAAAUCUUGAUGAUCUUUUAACUGAAUCAAUUUCUUUUCAAAAACUUGGUGAAGAUGAUACUAGUGGUGUUAGCCUUACAAUCUUGUCUUCUGUACAAAAUUCAGAUUCACCAACACUUUUAACGUCCGUUUUUACUUCUCUCUCGGAAAUUGGCUCGAUUAAUAUGCAAUUAUCAAGGCUGAAAAAAAACGUAAUGAAAUAUCUUAUUAUUCCAUUAUUGAAAAAUCGAGACUCAUUUAGAGCGUCAUUCAGGGUUGUUGAUGUCAAAUCCAUGUUAUACAUUGGUCCAAAUUUGGACGACACAAACAUAAUUGAUAAAAACCAAGAUGGUGUAUUUACACAUCUUAUUGCUGUCUUCAGAUUCAUCUAUACGUUUAUAUUUGGUGGCCUUGAUCCAGUGAAAAAAGAGAUUGUGAUAUCGCCAUUUGCCACUCAAUAUGCUUCUACAUUCGGAAAGUUUAUUUCUCAUGAUUUACGUGAUGCUGUAAUUAAUGAGUAUUUGUCGUAUGCAAUACCAAUGGAGACCAGUGAAUUCAAACAGUUUGAACAAGUUGCAGAUGCCGUGAAACGUUUUCAAGCAGAAAUGCGUCGAAUGGGAUUCAUGAGAUCAACUAAUGGGGAAGAGGGAGAAGAAAGAACUCUAGGUGCAUACGUAGCAAAAGUAGAUAUACAUUUUACAAUUAAAAAGCGGGACAAAUUGCUGGAAGUUGGACGGAACAUCAUGUUAGACAAUAUAUUUGAUAGCUUAAUAAUUACUGAGGAUUCCAAUGACGUCAAUGAGAAUAGCAACAGAGAGAUCAAUGAUGGUUCAGUUGAAAAUAAUUCAAGAGUAGAAAACAAUUUAGAACUAAAUCAAAUAAAUCAUCAAAGUUAUGAAGAUGAAUCUAUUAAUUCCACACAAGAUAAUAAUCCUAAUGAAGGAUGGGAGGUUGAUUGGAACGAAGCUUGGGAUAAUGACGACAAUUGGGAUAGUACCAACAAACAAAAUGAGUUAUCUAGAGAAACUAAUGCCCAUGAUUCAGAGGUGGUCAAAGAACCAGAAAAAUACUCUAUUUCAGUCAAAUCUAAGCCGCUAAUAGAUCUGACAAUCAGCACUUUGAACGAAGCACGAAACCUAAAUGAAAAGAGUGGAAUACGCCUAUAUAACGCAACGCUUGAUCUUUUUGAUCUGUAUCGUGCCAUUAUGCCGGUUUAUCACUCGAAUAGUUUUACUAAUGUACCUACUCUGGCUAUGUUGUUCCAUAAUGAUUGUAUUUGGCUAGCGGAUCAACUCAUAAUUAUUCAAGAUCAGUUUAUGAACAGCUUAUUAUCACAAGAAAAUAAUGAAUCAGAAAACUUUGAAUCUAAAAUAUUAUAUGAUGAUGUGGCAAACAAAUUACGGGAUUUAGGAAACGAAUGGUAUGAUAUUCAACUAGAAAAACAAAAAUCAGUUCUUAAAGAAAUUUUGGACGAAAUGGAUGGUGUGCAACUAACGGCAAAUGAAGAACGAUUUGAAACUUGUCAACAAACGAUGAACAAAGUGAUGUAUACCAUAAAACACCUAUCAAAAAUUUGGAAGGAUGUGUUGCGACCCUCGGAAUAUUACAUUAUAUUAGGCGCUUUGAUAAAUUCAGUAUUAACUAUUAUGAUCGAGAAUUUAGAGGAUCUAUAUGACAUUUCCGCAGAAGAAUCUCAUCAAUUAAAUUUAAUAUAUUCGAUGCUUUUCCCAUUGGAAGAAAUAUUCAGGAAGAAUGGGCCAAAUAAAAUCGAAAAUCAUGUUAAAUAUUGGAAAAAAUUCUGCUAUAUAACCGAUAUACUCGAAUUUUCUUUAGCUAAUAUUAUGGACAGAUUCCGCUCUGCUGAACUAAAUUGUUUUACUAGUAAAGAAUUGGAAGGUCUCAUAUGUGCAUUAUUUGCAGAUACUACAUUAAGAGAACAAAGUUUACAGGAGAUUAGACGCGGGCAUCCUGUUCCGGAAAAUUAA